AGGAUGAUGGUGAUGCAUGCAGGAUUACCACGGAUCACCUGGUGUCCCGACUCUUGUCGGGCUUGCUCUUAUAAGAUAUGGAUCGAUUUCGAUGCUAGCAACAGUACUCUUACGUGGUGGAGAUGAACCUUCUCAAAAAAACCUAUCGUGACCUGUAGCGAGUGGCCUGCGACUAGAAUAAUCUGGCCUGUAACUAGAGGGUGGCUUGUUGAGAACAAGGCCGAAAAGUCGCUAGGUAGUUGUGAUGUUUCUAAUAUCGUGGGUGCGAGUCUCACGUCAGUUCUUUGUGUUUCACUAAGCGUUUUAGUCGAACAUACUUUUUGUGGUCCCUCUUGAUUUUUCACAUUACAUACUCACGGUGACGUCUCAGUAGAUAGGAGGACUUAAAAUGACGGAAAAAUUUGGUUCUGCAGAGGUCGCGGGGGCGAUGAACCAGUUGUCGGCCUUCGCCACUCUGGGACCUGGUAUUCUUAUGAAUGCCAUGACCAGGAUAGAGACGAACGCAGCAGCAGGCACGAAUCUGACCGUAGGAGGUGCGACUUCUUAUGAAUGCCAUGCGUUUGUUUUCUUGAUGACAGAAUCCAACUGAAGAUGGAUUUUUUGAGGAAGUAGGUCCACUAAGUAGGCCUUUUACGUGAUUAUAUCUCUUCGUAGGUGAUUAUGUACAGUUGCAUCAUGGGCACUAACGUGACAGGCUCUAGCUAUGUUUUAGAAGUGCCCUUUGCGUUUCUAGGGUGUUUUUUUCGGGUUUUCCUCUAAUUUGUAUCAUCGUCUUCGAAGCCAGGAAAGAUGAAUGGGGAGCCAGAAAAUACUGGCGGUUUUUCACGUAGCAGCGGUGAUGAAAGUAAGAUAACGGAGACGCCGGGAAAAAGUAGUACAUCCUCAACAUCUGCAGGUAGUGAGGAUGCGACAGGUCCUUUGUCGAUAGAGGAGCGCACGGACGGGACAGGUACUUCGAUAACGAACGCGUGUCCUCUGAUGUGUUAAUACUUGUUCAUGGGUGGGUGCACUUUGUGUACGGCCGCCAGAGGUCCAUGAUGACGCGUAAUUGACAAGGAUGCUACUUUGAUCUUUAAAUGUAUUUCUUGAAAGUGCACCACUUAAACUACUCUACUUGAUGAAGCAAGUAUUGGUAAGAAUAUUACAUAUGCUGAGAGGAAGUUUUUCUACAUCAACACAAGGUAACGUUGUCUAUAAAAUAUUCACAGCAGGUUUGCUAAACCGUGAGACGCUCAUGAAAUUAUUGACAGCACUUGUUAAGGCUAGUUUAUCACUAUCACGUGUCUGUGAACUAUGCCGAGUGAGUCCCCGUGGAUUUCAAGGGGAAGCGAAGGGGGAGGGGGGGGACUUACUCAACCAGGCAUAGUGAAAAACUACCUUUAAGCUUGAGACAUACAAAACACCUGCGCGAGAGGUCGCGAGAUUAGGAAGUCGUCUCGUAGCAGAGGGCAAGCUUCCAGCACAAGUAACUUUCCAGGCAGCAUAUAACAAAAUCGAGGAGCUCAACUUGCCAAGGGACCCGUUUGAGAUGUACUCACGAAUUAAAAAGUUAACCUCCAGCGCCUGUGAAUGUCUUGUCAUAAUUUUGAGCUUUUAUCUUCGUACCAUAGUCGACGUCGUUCAAUGAAGAAAUCACGUAGCACAUCAAGUUUGCCGGCAGAAAUCGCAAUCACUAUAAUGAAUCACCAGCACAAAAAUUUUCAUGUUACAGCAUAUGUCUUGAUCGUCUAAUAUACGAUAACAGGUUUGGACAAACGGAGGCAAGAUUUCAAGAGGUCCUAGCGCGGUUUCAUACCGAUGAGGAGAUUUGUAUCAAGGCAGAGCGGGUAAUGCGCACUAUGCAAGAACCCAUAUUCCAGGACAACGUUACCAAGCGAAAAAGGAAAGUAUUCUUCUUCUUCCUACCUAUAAAUGCAUUGGGGUACUAGUGCUACAGUGUAACUACUUAACAAAGAAAUUGCUUUUAUUUUCAUUUUGGUUUGUAAUCAAUCUAUCAAUGACUUAUAAGACAUGGUAAUGAAGAAGAUGAUUACGUUCAUUUUGUCUGAUUCAAUCACCACCACCACGAAUCGCAGGAUUUGACCCUGAGCCAAGUGUUACAAGUCCACGAGACGAUGAUCGACACUUUGAAGUCAACGUGCAAGGAAUUUUCGCAGUUGCCUAAGAAAGUGAGGCACCAGUAUACCGCUAAACAAUGCGAGACGACUUCAGAAUUGUUAGUCGCAAUUGCGGUGGAAAGGAAAUUUGGCGCCCGUUCGGAUGACGUGGAGGCAGGCCUAGUCAAGUACGAAGUAGAACUUCACGAGAAACCCGAGUUUCAACACCUCUCGCAGCAAUUGACGAGUAUUGCAACAUAGUUUUAGUGUUUAACUAUGACAUCUAAGUAUCCAUCCUAUGUUUUCUGCCGUUUCAUCCGUUCAUCUAGCUGUUGUACUUAGAAAGUUCUAGUGGUACAAGAUGCACUCGGUAAUUUGUGAUGGAGAGCUGCGAGUGCAAGAAGAUUUUUCACAGCCCUUGAAAUCAUUGGGGUAGGUUGCAAAAAACCUAAAAACAAGGAAUCAUCUUCUCGACCACUCCAAAUGGCCAGUUCUGAUGUCGCAGUUGACGGCUUAUGCGAGGCCGCGACUGAAUAGCGAGCAAUUUCGGUGUUAUCUACUAGAGCUCGGCAAGCAGCAUAGGAGAAUGAAAGACGGCUCGAAAGAACUCCACGAAGCAUACCUGAGGAGCAAACUGUCGUUCCUAGAAGCCUACCGAAGAUUCGAAGUGAUCACUAUCGAAGUGAGCGAGUGUGCGAUGCAAUUCGAGUCCCUGAACCCCCAAGAAAUGCGCGAACACUAUGAAUUGUACUUCUAGAAGGAAAUUACUUACUGUAUUUAGCCAUGCUUGUUCUGGCUUCUGUGUUAUGCAGAAGUCAUUGUCCUUUAUGCAUUUGGUCUUUACUAGAAGUAGUUUGCCAAAGCGACAAGAAUCUAUAUGAGCAGCAUGCCUUCGUUCAAAUUGUUAAAAACUAGCAUGCAUGAACAAUUAUUUAUUAAUCAAACUUGUUCUAGACGUAGACGUACUCCUUUAUACCUGUUGUUGAAACUGAAAGGUACCGAGAUGAUCAUGAUGACAUGCGGAAGCUAUGGGACGAAAGUGAGCAGGAACUCCAGACCUUAAUGGCGAUGGCUGCUAUGGGUUCAACAAUGGGUCGAGAUCAAGUACCGAGAUUUGACCCCAGAAAUGAUAUGGCUUGGUUUGAUGUUGAUUAUUUUUCACACCAUGCAUACGAGACAGCCUAUGCAUGAUAUUUUUAGGGUAAGCCUAAGCUGACUAAAAAGGUUAUUCUUGUUAGGCCGCGUGCCGAAGAGAUUCGAAUCAUGAAGGUUAUACAAAAACAUUCCUUGCAGUUGUACCUUGUGAAUAUGAUCUUGUUGCUGAUUUCGUGCAAGGAGACGAGUAGUAGAUACCGUGGAUGUCAACAUAUUUUCGUCAGCGGUUCUCUAAUCCUUGCAGCAAGCGUUGUCAGCGGGUGCAGAAGAUGAAGAUCCAAGACGUGGUAGUAAUGCAGGAAUCACUGGCACAAGAGUUGCAGACCCUAGUUUCUGCUUUCUCGCAAGCCCUGAGGGACACAGCCGGGGUGGUCCAGUGGAAGGACUCACUAGUUAUCGGCCUAUUGCAGGGUUUCGCGUCGCUUGCCGUCGAGAAAAAGUACCACGUGACAGCGGACGAAAUGGCCCUCGCCGGUUUCGUGCACGCCGCGACUUUGAGCGGCAACGACCGCUUUAUGCAGGCAACCAUGCAGCAACAACAACUCCUAAUGUCGGUCCCCGCACUUAUCCAAAAUCCAGAUCAGGGAUGCUCCAUCAUGUAAUGGUCUGAAGAACUGCCUUCAACACCUCUGUUGUUGAGUGAAGAGGUUCAUACUUGUAAGUCGUACAGUAUUACUAGAAGAUGAAAUUAAUAUACGUGCUGGGGGCCUGUUGUACGCUGGCUCUAGCGCCGUUUUUAUUUCGUACAUGGUUUCGUAGCAUCUGGAAUCGGCAGAAAUAUCGGAGCAAACAGAAAAAUCAGAGCAACGAGGAUUCCUAGAUGCUUGAAACCCGGGGCUCUUGGAAUGCUGUGGAGUAUACCAGUUUAUUCUGGAGCUUUUAGUAUCUUACAUGCUUAAGUACGGCUAAAUCUCUGUGCCUUUUAUAUAUACUCCUGCAUAACAAGGACAAGGAGUAGAUCCUCGUCCGCAUGUCGCUAGAACAGUUCUUGACGCAGGACUUUUUCCUGCGUGCUUGGUUCGUUGUCACUCCUGUUGGCAGCAAGGUAGAAGCUGCGCUUGCUUAGCUCCAUGUUUCUAGAGAACAACAAGAAAUGACCAACACCUCAGAUACAUAAGGUUCGAAGCGUAGCUGACGCAGAAAGAAUUGAUGCCGCACCUCUUGCACUAAGUCUUGACUUCAUCAACUCCAGGGUUAGUAGUAUCUUCCCUAUCUAUCUAGAGAACAACAAGAAACGACUUCUCUACUCUUGUGGGAGAUAGACCUCUCCAUGUCCCAUUUUUACUGAUAUGGCUACUUGGUGGGUAAGCUAUGCAAUAGAUUUUCCCGCCUUGACUUUGACAAGAUAGAAACCCAACCCGCGCCCAUGAGAAAUAGUGUAGUUUAAUUGUCUUCAUAUUUUUAUAGUUUUUACACUAAUUUGACACACUACGGAUGAGGCAACGACACAGCAUGCCAUGUUCGUUUGUCCGCGACUAUCUUCAUGAUUUCUUAUUCCAUGUCCUCCCAAGUGGAACGGUAAGCAUGAUAAGUAUACAAAGAAAUUAAUGUCUCAAAACAAAAAAUAAAUUCAUGAAGUAGGCCUGAAGAAUGGCUCUCUGCCACGUCAUUUUGUUUUGAUAACCACAGGUGCCGUGUUCUACGGCUGGACUUAUCAAUCGGGCAUGGAUUACUUAGAUACUGUUGUGCAGCAUGUCGGUGGUAUCGCAGUUUUAGAAAAAAUUUGGGACUGAGAGAGCAGCGAGC